GGCAACUGCGUCAUCGGUCCGCGCGCCGCGGACAGCGCCGCGGUUGCCGGAAGUUGGGCGGCGCAGGCGACAAGGAGUGGCGGCAGCUAUGGGGGAGCCCAGCCUCUCCAGAUUGCAGUUCGCCCCCUUCAGCAGCGCCUUGGAUGUUGGCUUCUGGCAUGAGUUGACCCAGAAGAAGCUGAAUGAGUACCGGCUAGACGAAGCUCCCAAGGACAUUAAGGGUUAUUACUACAAUGGUGACUCUGCGGGGCUGCCAGCUCGCUUAACGUUGGAGUUCAGUGCUUUCGACAUGAGUGCGCCCACCCCAGCCCGCUGCUGCCCGGCGGUCGGCACAUUGUAUAAUACCAACACUCUGGAGGCUUUCAAGGCUGCAGAUAAGAAGCUACUUCUGGAAGAAGCAGCAAACGAGAUCUGGGAAUCCAUCAAAUCGGGAGCCGCCCUGGACAACCCUGUGCUCCUCAACAAGUUCCUCCUCUUGACGUUCGCGGAUCUAAAGAAGUACCACUUCUACUACUGGUUCUGCUCCCCCGCUCUCUGCCUUCCAGAGAGUAUACCCCUCAUUCAGGGGCCAGUGGGCUUGGAUCAAUGGUUUUUGCCAAAACAGAUUCAAGCCCUGGAACACGCGUAUGAUGACCUCUGUCAGACUGAAGGCGUCCCCGCGCUGCCUUACUUCCUAAUCAAGUAUGAUGAGACCACGGUGCUGGUUUCCUCGCUCAAACACUACAGCGAUUUCUUCCCAGGUCAAAGGGCAAAGAUAACGAUUGGCGUGUACGAUCCCUGUAACUUAGCGCAGUACCCCGGAUGGCCUUUGAGGAACUUUUUGGUCCUGGCAGCCCACAGAUGGAGUGGCAGUUUCCAGUCCGUGGAAGUGGUCUGCUUCCGGGACCGCACCCUGCAGGGGGUGAGAGACGUCGCCCACAGCAUCGUCUUCGAAGUGAAGCUUCCAGAGAUGGCGUUCAGCCCAGAUUGUCCCAAGGCAGUCGGGUGGGAGAAGAACCAAAAGGGAGGCAUGGGGCCGAGGAUGGUGAACCUCAGCGAGUGCAUGGACCCUAAAAGGUUAGCUGAGUCAUCGGUAGAUCUCAACCUCAAGCUGAUGUGUUGGAGAUUGGUCCCCACUCUGGACUUAGACAAGGUGGUGUCUGCCAAGUGUCUGCUGCUUGGAGCCGGCACCUUGGGUUGCAACGUAGCCCGGACGUUGAUGGGCUGGGGCGUCAGAUGCAUCACGUUCGUGGACAACGCCAGGAUCUCCUACUCUAACCCCGUGAGGCAGCCGCUGUAUGAAUUUGAAGAUUGCCUGGCGGGCGGGAAGCCCAAGGCCCUGGCGGCAGCAGACCGGCUGCAGAAGAUCUUCCCUGGAGUGAACGCCAGAGGGUUCAACAUGAGCAUCCCCAUGCCGGGGCACCCCGUGAACUUCUCCAGCGUCACCCUGGAGCAGGCCCGCAGGGACGUGGACCAGCUGGAGCAGCUCAUCGACGACCACGACGUCGUCUUCCUGUUGAUGGACACCCGGGAGAGCCGGUGGCUGCCUGCCGUCAUCGCCGCGAGCAAGAGAAAGCUGGUCAUCAACGCUGCCUUGGGAUUUGACACCUUCGUUGUCAUGAGACAUGGCCUGAAGAAGCCCAGGCAUCAGGGAGCCGGGGACUUGUGUCCCAGCUACCCCGUGGCAUCUGCCGACCUCCUGGGCUCAUCGCUGUUUGCCAACAUCCCUGGCUACAAACUUGGCUGCUACUUCUGCAACGAUGUGGUGGCCCCAGGGGAUUCGACCAGAGACCGGACCUUGGACCAGCAGUGCACUGUGAGUCGUCCGGGACUAGCCAUGAUCGCAGGAGCGCUGGCGGUGGAGUUGAUGGUUUCCGUUCUGCAGCAUCCCGAAGGGGGCUACGCCAUUGCCAGCAGCAGUGAUGACCGCAUGAAUGAGCCGCCAACGUCCCUCGGCCUUGUGCCUCACCAGAUACGAGGAUUUCUGUCACGGUUUGAUAACGUCCUUCCUGUCAGCCUGGCCUUUGACAAAUGCACAGCUUGUUCUUCCAAAGUUCUCGAUCAGUAUGAACGAGAGGGAUUUAAUUUCCUGGCGAAGGUGUUUAAUUCUUCACAUUCCUUCUUAGAGGACUUGACCGGUCUUACGUUGCUGCAUCAAGAGACCCAGGCUGCUGAGGAUCUGAAAUAGCUCAGCUGGAAUUCCACCACCUCCAGGAGCUCUGUUCAUAGUGACGCUUCCUAAGGCCCACUUGACUUCGCACUCCAGGAUGCCUGGCUCUAGGUGAGUGAUCACACCAUCAUGGUCUUCUGGGUCAGGAAGAUCUUUUUUGUAGAGUUCCUUCUGUACAAGAAGAGUUCUUCAGCACAGGGUGGGGAAAACAAUCUACAGAUCUUAAAUUCUUUUUAGCAGGUUUGUUUUUCAGAAUGCUAAGGGCACAGCAACUCUGCCACCCUGAUGUGUACUGCAGGACGGAACACUAAAGGAGUUGAUGUUGCCGUAACCACGGAGAUAGAAGAUGCAUUGGGAUGGGUGAGGAAGAGCUCUGUGGAGUUGAAUUAAAACUGCAGUAUUAAAGUGAAUCCAUGACUCCCUAGCUCCUUCCACUGAGUACAGAAACCAAGCUUCCUCUGAUGCCAGAAAUGUUGUGUGUGUAUGCUGUCCAGUGUGGUAGCCAUGAGCCACAUGUGGCUACAGAGCUGAAAAUGGGGCUAGUAUGACUAAGGAGCUGAGUUUUUAACUUUAUUUGAAGUGAAAUGUGAACGGCCACACGCAACCAUGUCUACUAUUAAUACACAAGACAACUCAAGUCUAGAGGCAAUGACACCACAGUUAACACUUAGCACCCAGAUCUUGGCUUCUAAAGAGUACUCCCCACUGAAAGGAAUCAGAUGCAGAAAGCUUACAAGAUAAGCACGUGGUCUGCCAGACAGCAAGAAAGGGCUUCAUGUAAGAAGGACACAGGAGUCAGCUGAAGGGGCUCUUAUCUGCCAAAAUCUGGGACAGUUAAACUCACCUAAUAAAAGAGGAGCCCUGGAGUCCAUACGAAUGACAGACGGGUGACAGGAGAGCUCUUCUACAUUGGCUCACACUUGAAAACCAGGAUCACAGAUGAAAUGACUUCUGAAAUUCGUUCCGGUAAGGUGAAUCUCACCCUAACCCUUGCCUCAUACCUUAGUCCACUUUCUUUCUAAGUGGCAGACAGAGUACUUUUCAAUUCCCAAACAAGACAUUCAUGUUCUUAACACUUUUCUUAGGCAAUAAAAAAAUCAGAACAAACAAGCCAAAAAAACACAAAAAUUCCUCAGGGCCACCCUUUCAAUAAGCAGUUCAAAUGACCUGGAAUUCUCAAUUUCCAAAUUCUGGAGAAAUCACUAGGGGAACCUCUGCUCUCUCCCCUUCCUUCCCUAAAGAAAUCAGAAGACAGUCAUACUCUGUAGCUUCCUAUCCUGCCUCAAUCUUACCCUCGCUCUAGUGGAAAAUAACUCAGUAUGCUGGUUUUGUGAAAUGCAGCCAAAGCAUACAUCUUCGAGGACCCCCUCCUCUCCACAUGUCUGGAGGAGGAAAUGGCAACCCUUUCCAGUGCUCUUGCCCAGAAAAUCCCAUGAACAGAGGAGCCUGGCGGGCUAUAGUCCGUGGGGUGGCAAAGAGUCAGAUGCGGCUGAGCACAAGUCCUCUUCACACGAAUCUGUAGUUUAGUAUGGAAAACUUUCAGGCACCUUAAAUAAAAAGGAGGGCAUGCACUACAGUUUAAAUGGCAAACAUUUCAUCAAGUCAAGCAACGCACUUAACUAAGCAUCCUACCUCACGAAGUCGUAAGAGGAGAGGUAUCUUUUAAACCUGCCUCCAAAACUAAUCAUCCGGCUCUUGGAAAACAGGCAUGGCAAACUUUUCACUAAAUCAAGCAACGCACUUACAAGCUACCCUACCCCAUGGAGUCAUAAGAGAAGAAGUAUCUUUUACACUGCCUGUAAAACUAGUCAUUCGGCUCUCAGAAGACACACACCGAAACCUCAGUAAAGUUACUGAGAUGAGGAACUAACUACCCCUUGGCAACAAGCGACACUGCACGUCUUUCGUCUCUAAGUUGGCCUGGGGGGGCGCUGCUGUUUCUGUUCUAAACCUGUCUGAGGACAUCGAUUGUGAGUUGCAUAUGAACUCCCCAGUUCUCUAUUACCGGCACUUUAUAGAGUAUUUACAGUGUCAUCAGAGAACCUGUGCAUCAAGGUCAUAUUUGCAACCACAAGAUCAUUUUCUAAAUGCUUUGACAUUCUAAUAAUAUCAGUAAUGAUGGAAGCUCUGCUUACUAUCUGAGCUUACUAUCUCUGCUUACUAUCUGAGCACUGCGCUUAGCACUCAUCCUUUGCGGAAGGACCCUACUCCCACUGAGAAAUGAGCAAGCUGGGAUGAAUCUGAACCCAUAACCCAGUUAUGACUUUCAAACAUCACAUUUGCUGUUAACAGUGCUCUGGUUUCCUAUCAUCACCAAUAUCUGAGUCAUGGACUCUGUGAUAAUAAAAGCAGUAACUCUCAUCAACUGACUAUUGUACUGUGCCCAACUCCGUGCAUAUCGCCACUCCAUACUGCUCACAAUAGUUCUACACACGAACUCUCAGCACUGCCGCCAUAGAGAAGGAUAUCAGGCCCAGGUAAAUGAAGUGAUUUGGUAAGUAGCAGAACCUGGGAUUUCAACUAAGGCACGUCUGAUCACAAAACACACCUUCUCACAGCCAGCUCCCACUUCCUUCCCUUUUUUUUUUUCCUUAAAAAAAAAAAAAUUGACCAAAUGUCUCCUAUUUGGGUUUGGGGAAAGACAGAGAUUCCUAGUG